AUUCUUUCUGUUGUAAUGUUUACUAUUAUUACGCUUUGACUUUGAAUUGGGAACCGUAUCUUUUACAGGUCCAUAAAAAUAAAUAAAUAGUCUAGGUCUAAGAUUAUUGUCAGCAAUAACAAUAAGCCGCCACAUUAAAUAUGCAACAACAAUAUAUAUAAUAAUUCCUUGUGUUAGUCCUUUCCAUUGCAGUUUUCAGAAGUUUCUUAGUGAGGGACCUUUCUAAUUCUUAAGUACCUACUUAAGUCAAGUCUAAGUUUCUUAUGUAAAAGUUAAAGUAGUGUCUAAACUUUCUAUUAUAUUUAAUAUUCAGUGCAAUUUAAUAUAAUUAAUUCAAAUUGAAAAUAAUAAUUCAGUAUUUUUUAUUAAAAUUAAAUUAUUGAUUUAAUAAUUGAUUUCAUGAACUCUGAAUUUUAGUAAGUAAGUACUCCUACUGUACCAAGUAACACUCAAUCAUAAGUCAUAAUCAUAAUUAUUAAUAUUAUUAUGGCUAUAUUUAAACUACAUUAUAUAAUAUAAAUUGUGGACUAAUUAAAAUAAAUAUGAUUUUGAAAGUGUGUAGUCUAGUGUUAACUUUGUAUUUUGUUGUGACUUUCAGAAUCAGUAUCAGUCACAGUCUGUUUACUGUGAACUGUGAAUUGUUGAGCAUUGAUACUCAUACUAAUAAUAGUUGUGACAGUCACAUUGUUUCAUGCCAAUGCCAAUUAUUUUGAAUUUAGCUUGCUCAGUUUAUUAACCUAAAGUACAACUUAUACUUGUCAGUUUGUUCACAACAAUGUUCAGAGAAUUAAAAUUCAGUUUACACAGUUAAUAUUGUGCUGUAAUAAAGAGUUACCUGUAAGUUACCUCUAGACUCUAGUCUCUACCCUUACCCUUAGGUUUGUCUUACUCUAUUCGAAGCCUAUACUUUAUUAUUAUUUAUAUUUAUUUAAGCUUUGAAAUUUAAUUGAUAAAGUUCAUUCAUAAAGCAUUUAAAUUGUUAAAGUUAUCUGUUUUUCAUUUAGUUAUAGUUUUUUUUUAUAAUUUAUGACUAACCAUAAUAAAAUAAACUAAAAAAAAACAACUCAUAAUGUAAUUUAUUUUAAAUUUGUUAAAAUUUGUAUUAAUAAACAGGUAUUACCUUACAUCUUUUUUUUUUUAAAUACCUUUAUUCAGCAAUGGAUUUCCUCAAAAGUUUUGCAGAAGCUAAAAGCCUUGGAAUAACAAAGGAAGAGUUUAUUCCUCAAUGGGAGGCUCAAAUUAAUGCUACUCGAGUUCAGGCUGAGUCCAGACUUUUAGAACUCCGUCAACAAGUAGGCAUGGUAUGAAAUAAUUGGAGUUCUUACAAAAAAAUUAAAAAUUAUUUUUUUUAUGUAUAUAUUUAUAUAUAUAUAACCUAAUACCCGGUAAUAAAUAUUAUGAGUACAUGGCAUACCUUAUUCUAGUAAAGGUAUCAGUAAAAGGAUAAUAAAUGAAGGACUGUGUCAAGCUGUGUAAAAGAAAUAGUAGAACAAGGUAUAGUAUGUGGAAGCUUCAAUCAAAAGACUGAACAAAAAGAGAAGAAUGUUUCGGCUAAAUGCAAAAUCAUAUAAAUAAAAUUUAUGAUUUUGAAAAUCACAUCAUACCGGUUCUUAAAAUUAUUUCUCUUUGAAAAAUUAAUUUCCAUUUUGAACUCUUAUGUCAUGUCUAUACUAUAAAUAAAAUAUUAUAACUUACUAUAUUUUACAGCCCACACAGCUUUUUGCUGAAAGAGAAAUGAAUCUAACAGCUCUUUUAGAGGGUCAACUUAAUGUUGUUCACCAAGAAAUUAAUAAUUUACGCUUAGAAUGCCAGCAAAGAUUUGACUCUUUGCAAAGUCAAUUGACACAUCUAAAAAACCAACAGGAUGAGCUCAAACUGCAGAUGUUUGAGGAAUGUAGUGUUAAUCUGAAUUCAAUGAAAGUCUAUGUCCAAAAUGAAGUCCAACUUCUGAGUGAAUCUAUUGAAAGAAAAAUGGAUUUCAACUUCAAAGACCAUAAAUUAUCUACGAUCGAUAAUUGUGGAGUCUCUUUAAAUCAUCAGAUUCCCCAACCUGUACAAAUUUCUAAAGCAGAAAACUCAAUUGAACUGUAUCAACACUUUUACCAACAACAGCAGCCCCAUCAGGAAGGAACAGAAGAAAGUUAUGUCGAUCAGGUAGAAUAUGGCCAUCAUUUGGGACAAGAAAACCAUUCCUUUCAGGUAAUACAAGAACAACCUGUAAAUGCCAUAAAGGACGUUAUUGAAUUCGGAUGGGAUUCGACAACAAAGCCCAAAGAUGAGAUAACAACUGGGAAAGUUCAUAUGUCAUAUGCCGCAGUAGCAGCAUUAGAUCCAGAGGAUGACUUUGAGCAGAUUUUAAAACCAGGUGUUGAUGAUGGCACAAAUGGAUACCUAGCAUCUGGACAUGGUAUAAGGGAUUUAGCUAUUAUGCCAAAUGCUACAUCACCGGUUUUGGCAACUGGGCAAUACGCUGAAAUCAUAUCUCGUAGGAUGGCUGUAAAAAAUCAUGGUUCCAGAUCUCGAUCACGAGGCAAGUCGGGUCCUCUUGUUCCACAUAAUGUUGUUUCUGCAGGGAAAAUUAUUAAAUUUCCAUUGUCGAAAGCUUUGAUGAGUUCAAGUGUUUUUCCCAUGUCUCCUAAUGGUGAAGAAUUUAAAAUUUCUGACUGUUCCAAAUUUUCUACCUCCAAAACAGAUUAUUACACAUCCGCCUUUUUCACAAGUCCUUUAAGGUGUAAAGUUAGACUAAGAUUACGUUUUAAUGACAAUGGUUUUUUCAAUGUCAGUCUUUUAGUAUCUCAGGGUCCUGAUGAUGGCAGCAUUCAAUGGCCUGUUAAAGUAUCAGGUAAGGGUGAAAUCUUUAAUCACGGCUCACGGAGAUAUACCCCAUUGUGGGAUUUUGGAAUAUCAAAGUGUCCUAAGCCACACCCUUCAACAGAGCUUUCUUUUGAGGCCAGUGUUCGCUUGACUACCAGUCGUGGAGUUCAUGAUGAAGUGACAUAUGGAAAGUUGCAGGCAAAGCGCUAUGAAUUUGAAGAUUCACUUGCCUUCCGCUGGAAUGUCAUUGUUGAGGAUUAGUUGUUAAAUAAUGCAUAAUCAAAACAAAUACUUAUGCUUUCAGUUUUGUGGUGCCCAUUAUAUGACAAAGCCUUAUGUUGACAUUUUCUGUGAUUGUAAAUUUUUACAUACUGUUUUAAUUUGCUGUUCAUUAUUUCUAAUUUCUAACUGUUCAGCUCUUUGCCAUUAAUAUAUUAUUAUUAUGAAAGGAUUAUGACUAAAAAUGGAACUACUAAAGUUAAGUGUAAUUUUAUAACAAUUAAUAAUGUUAAUUGAAGAGCUCUUUUAUUUACAUAUUUAUUGCAAUAUAUUUUUAAAAUUAUAUAAUAUAAUGUAAUCAUAAACUAUUUUCUUUUACCAGAACAUUUCAUUUUAUGUGUUUAUGUGAGUUUAUGUAAAUUAUUUUUUAAUAAAGAACUGAUCUAAUAAUUGGUAGUCUAAUCUUGUGAUAAAAAGUUUUUUUUUUUUUUUUUUUUUAACAUGUAAUCUAAAGUUUAAAAUUGGUGAGAAAUGCAAUCAUUGAACAAAUAAUUUAACUCAAAAUUUUUCUCACAGGCUCUUUUUAGUUUUGUGGAGUUUUCAUAAUUUAUAAAUAGUUCAAUGUGAGUUUAUGUAAAUUAUUUUUUAAUAAAGAACUGAUCUAAUAAUUGGUAGUCUAAUCUUGUGAUAAAAAGUUUUUUUUUUUUUUUUUUUAAACAUGUAAUCUAAAGUUUAAAAUUGGUGAGAAAUGCAAUCAUUGAACAAAUAAUUUAACUCAAAAUUUUUCUCACAGGCUCUUUUUAGUUUUGUGGAGUUUUCAUAAUUUAUAAAUAGUUCAGUUGUCAGCAUCUGUUGUUUUAAUAAUAUUUUUCACAAUUGUCUUUAAUCAUUAAGUUAAUAAAGUUAAAGUUACAGAAAAAUGUUGAAUUGGAUUCAUUAAAAAUAAUCAAUUCCUU